CGUCACCGCGCCGCGGGAGUGGCGCGCGCGGGGGCUGCCGGGAUUGGGGCGGCGGUCGCGGGUGGCGAUCGAUCCCGAUCGGUUCCGAUCGGUUCCGAUCAAUCCCGAUCGAUCCCGAUCGAUCCCGAUCGAUCCCCGGGGCUCCCCCGCCGCGAUGUUCUUCACCUGCGGCCCCAACGAGGCCAUGGUGGUGUCGGGUUUCUGCCGCAGCCCCCCGGUGAUGGUGGCGGGGGGCCGUGUUCUGGUCAUCCCGUGCCUGCAGCAGAUCCAGAGGAUCUCCCUGAACACGCUGACGCUGCCGGUGCGCAGCGAGAAGGUUUACACCCGCCACGGGGUGCCCAUCUCCGUCACCGGCAUCGCACAGGUAAAGAUCCAGGGGCAGAACAAGGAGAUGCUGGCGGCCGCCUGCCAGAUGUUCCUGGGCAAGUCGGAGAGCGAGAUCGGCCAGAUCGCGCUGGAGACGCUGGAGGGCCACCAGCGCGCCAUCAUGGCCCACAUGACCGUGGAGGAGAUCUACAAGGACCGUCAGAAGUUCUCGGAGCAGGUUUUCCGCGUGGCCUCCUCCGACCUGGUGAACAUGGGAAUAUCCGUGGUCAGCUACACCCUCAAGGACGUGCACGACGAGCAGGAUUACCUGCGCUCUCUCGGCAAGGGCCGCACGGCUCAGGUGCAGCGCGACGCCCGCGUGGGAGAGGCUGAGGCCAAACGCGACGCCGGGAUCCGCGAGGCGCGGGCGCGGCAGGAGCAGGUGUCGGCGCAGCUCCUGAGCGAGGAGGCCACGGCGCGAGCCCAGCGCGAUUUCCAGCUGGCCCAGGCCCAGUGCGACGGCGCCGUCAGCGCCCGCCGGGCCACGGCCGAGCUGGCGUUCCAGCUGCAGUCGGCGCGCUCCCAGCAGGCCAUCGCGGCGCAGCGGGGCGAGGUUGCGCUGGUGGAGCGGGCGCAGCGGGCGCAGCUGCAGGAGCAGGAGGUCGGCCGGCGCCGCCAGGAGCUCGAGGCCACCGUGCGCAAACCGGCCGAGGCCGAGCGCUACCGGCUGGAGCGGCUGGCCGAGGCGCAAAGGACUCAGGUGUUGCUGCAGGCGGAGGCCGAGGCUGAGACCCUCAGGGUGACCGGAGCCGCCCGUGCCGCCGCUCUCAGCUCCCGUUCCCGCGCCGAAGCCGCCGCGGCCGCAGCCAAGGCCGAGGCGUUCGGGCAGUUCCAGGACGCGGCCGUGGUGGAUCUGGUGCUGCAGAGACUGCCCCAGGUGGCGGAGGCGGUGGCGCAGCCGCUGCUGGGGACGCGCCGGGUGACGCUCGUGGGCGGCUCCGGCGCCGUCGGAGUGGCCAAAAUUCCCGGGGAAAUCCUGGAAUUGGUGACGCGGCUGCCGGGAGCCGUGGGAGCCCUGGCCAGGGGGUCCCAGGUGACCCCGACGGAGCCCGAGGGCGGCGCCACCGCAACGUCCCCAGAUGUCCCCAAAACGUCCCCAAAUGUCCCCAAAACGUCCCCGAGUGCCACCUCCCAGUGACACCAGAGCGUCCCCAAAGCGCCACCCAAGUGCCACCAAAGCGUCCCCAGAUGUCCCCAAGUGCCACCAAAGCGUCCCCAGAUGUCCCCAAGUGCCACCAAAGCGUCCCCAGAUGUCCCCAAGGGCCACCAAAGUGUUCCCAAGUGCCACCUGCCAGCGCCACCAAAGUGUCCCCAGAUGUCCCCAAGUGCCACCGGCAGCUCCUGAGGCCACCAAGGUGCCACCACCCCCCUCAAAGUCCCUGCAGUGUCCCCAAAGUGCCACCACCGUGUCCCCAAAGUGUCCCCAAGGUGCCACCACCCCCUGCAGUGUCCCCAAGGUGCCACCAUCCCUCGGUGUCACUGUCCCCAAGGUGCCACCACUACCGCCCUGUCCCCAGCUGUCCCCAAGGUGCCACCCCUGAAUGUCCCCAGCUGUCCCCAAGGUGCCACCCCUGAAUGUCCCCAGCUGUCCCCAAAGUGUCCCCAAGGUGUCACCCCUGCCGUGUCCCUGUGUCCUUUGAGUGCCACCACCCCUGAAUGUCCCCAAGGUGCCACUGCCCUGUCCCCGAGUGUCCCCAAGGUGCCACCACGGCAGUGCCACCGUGUCAAUAAAUGUCCCCAAAUGUCCCCAAGGUGCCACCCCUGCCGUGUCCCUGUGUCCUUUGAGUGCCACCACCCCUGAAUGUCCCCAAGGUGCCACUGCCCUGUCCCCAAAGUGUCCCCAAGGUGCCACCAUGGCAGUGCCACCAUGUCAAUAAAUGUCCCCAAGGUGCCACCGCUGCCGUCUCGCGCUGUCCCCGGGUGCCACCACCCCCGGUGUCACCGUGUCAAUGAAGUGUCCCCAAGGUGCCACCACCCCCUGAAUGUCCCCAAAGUGCCACCACCCCCGGUGUCACCGUGUCAAUAAAUGUCCCCAAAGUGUCCCCAAGUGCCACCACCCCGAUGUCACCCUGUCCCCAAGGUGCCACCCCUGAUGUCCCCAAAGUGUCCCCACAGUGCCACCAUCCUCUGAAUGUCCCCAAAGUGUCCCCAAAGUGCCACCAUCCCUCGGUGUCACUGUCCCCAAGGUGCCACCACCACCUCCCUGUCCCCAGCUGUCCCCAAGGUGCCACCCCUGAAUGUCCCCAGGUGUCCCCAAGGUGCCACCACCCCAGUGUCACCCUGUC